ACCAGAGAACAACAGAACUACAUUUCCCAUUGACCUUCAGUUCUGGUGACGUAGUUUGACAGAAUCAGAAAACGCUUUCAAGAUGGUGCUCGAAAGUACUAUGGUCUGUGUGGAUAACAGUGAAUACAUGAGGAAUGGAGACUUCCUCCCCACCAGACUACAGGCACAGCAAGACGCUGUCAACAUCGUGUGUCACUCCAAGACACGCAGCAACCCUGAGAACAAUGUUGGCCUCAUCACCAUGGCCAAUAACUGUGAGGUGCUGACCACACUGACUCCAGAUGCAGGGAGGAUCCUGUCUAAACUGCACGCUGUCCAGCCUCGGGGAAACAUCAGCUUCUGCACAGGCAUAAGAGUGGCACAUUUGGCUCUGAAGCACAGACAGGGGAAGAACCACAAGAUGCGCAUCAUUGCUUUUGUGGGGAGCCCAGUAGAGGACAAUGAGAAAGAUCUGGUCAAAAUGGCCAAACGUCUAAAGAAAGAGAAAGUCAGCGUGGACAUCAUCAACUUUGGAGAGGAGGAGAUUAACACAGAGAAGCUGACAGUCUUCAUCAACACUCUGAAUGGGAAGGAGGGUGCAGGCUCCCACCUAGUGACGGUGCCCCCUGGCCCCAGUCUGGCUGACGCCCUGCUGUCCUCUCCCAUCCUGGCUGGGGAGGGGGGAGCCAUGCUGGGCCUUGGCUCCAGUGACUUUGAGUUCGGAGUGGACCCCAGUGCCGACCCAGAGCUUGCGCUGGCUCUAAGGGUAUCCAUGGAGGAACAGAGACAACGGCAGGAGGACGAGGCUCGCCGGGCAGCAGUGGUGUCGGCUGCUGAGGCAGGGGUUCCCUCACCCACCGUUGACGAGUCAGAUGAUGCUCUGCUGAAGAUGUCAGUCCCCCAGGCUGACAUGGCAACGCCUGCCAUGCCCGACUUCAGCCGCAUGACGGAGGACGAGCAGAUUGCCUACGCCCUGCAGAUGUCCAUGCAGGGAGGAGCAGAGUUCAGUGCAGAGUCGAUGGACAUGGACACAGGAGCCCCCCUGGACUCGACGGAGGUUGCUAAGGAUGAAGAGGAUUAUGAUGUGAUGCAGGACCCAGAGUUCCUCCAGAGUGUCCUGGAGAACCUCCCAGGUGUUGACCCCAACAACGAGGCUAUCCGAAACGCCAUGGGCUCUCUGGCCUCACAGACAGGAUCCAAACCCGAAGGCAAAAAAGACGACGAGAAGAAGAAAUGAACAUGCAAACACUCCAAAAUAGAUGCCCUGACUUUGACUUCUUUAUUAUAGUUUGGCAAACUAACCUCAAUUCAGAAAUGACCUUUAUAUUUUUCUGGUGUUGCCAUACUCACAUGGCUGAUGGGCUUUUUUUUUGCUAUGUUAAAGUGGGACCGUAUAUCAACCUAGAGACAUUCUGCAACAUCCAUUGUGUACUGGUUAUAAUAAAUAUAUUUGCAUCAUUCAAGAGGACAGCUCGGCUGGUUGUGUACCAAUUUUAACAUGCAUCCACAGCUUUAUAUAAAUGCAACGAUGCAUAUAUGAAUGCAGCAUGUAAAAAAAAAAAAAAAAGACCUGCUGAAUCACUGCCUGGUGAGGAUGACAAGCUUGCAGGUGAGCUUUCCUAAGAUGGUUUUUGACAUAUUUUUGUUAUGUAAACCCAGUUUCAUCAGCUUUUUCCGGUGACUGGUCGAACAAUCCCAUAGGUGAGACAGAUACAGUAUGGAUGUCCUGGGUUGGUGUGUUUACUUGGACUGUGGUUGAAAGGUUGUUUUGAAUUACUGCCAAGUUCUCUAAGAUGAUGUUGGGUGUGAUUUAUGAUGACAAAAUGGUUAUAGUAGAGAAAUUAACAUUAAAUUCUAUGGCAACCGCUCUGAUGGACAUUCCUGCUGUCAGUAUGAUAAAUAUAGUCUUCUUGGGUUGGCUCCA